AUGGCGGACAGCGUUCUACCAAGUUGGCCAGUGAUACUGAACAGAUCACUCGAAAACAGCGACAUUCACCGACUUCUGAUGCAAUAUCAUAAAGUUCGGGUUACAGACACAACGGGCCAUGGAGUGAUAAUUUUUCCACUCUCUUCCGUCGCCUUCAUGAUUAUGCCUUUGGACCAGGUACUGACGGAGAACCAGGAAAAGCAUUUAAUUAACGAAGAUACCAUAGAGAGGAUACACAAACUAAACCAGUUACAUCGUAAAGCCUAUGUUAUUCUUGUGGCUGCUUUUAUGGGGCCUGAACAAAUAAAAGCUUGGACAGCCUUGCAAAGCAGAUUCUUAGGAACAAGUUCAAGGUUUAUUCCUGCCCACAGUGCCAAAGAAUGCUUUGAAUGCAUGAUGACUAUUUCUAAGGUUACUAGUAAGCCCAUGGUAGGAGUGAUCCAAGAAAGAAUGAAGAGGCUCCAAGAGUCCACAAUCAAUGACAACAUUGUUCUUGGUGCCCUAGCUACUAUAGGUCUAAGUAAUCAUGAAUGCUUGGUGCUGCAGGAUGGUUGCAAGAAUGUAACCGGGGUGUCACAGGCUACCAAGGAAGAGUUGUUAGACUGUAGUUUGGACCAACACACUGCUCAGAAAAUUAUCAACUUCUUUGAAAAAGACUGCAUACAGAUUUAA